ACCUUAUGACGAUUAAAACUAAUAGGCGUCGAUAUCCGCAAGCAAUUACCAACUGCCAAACACAUUUAUAGUGCACGAAGUUCAGCUAGUCAACAUAUGAAGAAUAUAUCAGUAACGCACUCCAAACCACUUGAUAUCUCUCGAAUCCGGCUCAAUUCUUUGUACCUACAUUAGGGAAACGGUCGUCAUUCGGAUUACAAAGCUCGGCUCAAUUCCGACCGAUCCUGACGAUGGCGCAAAGCGUCUAAGCCAAACCCUAAAAAGGCGUGCUUCAAACACGACUUUCCCUGUUUCUCCUUUCAAUUGAAACUACGGUACAAGCUCUACUAGAUCCGGAUAUAUCGCUGAUAAAUCCAUAACGGACUAGAUCUAGGAUCACUAAAUCGAAGCUAAAUCCGGCAGUCUGGGACCAAUUGAAAGACGUUUAGACCACGAGCUGAGGUCCACCGCUGACUCAUGAUUCUCUUUACCCUAUGUCUUACCACAUCACUUUCUUACUACACUUACACAUACCUAAUCCCAACUCCAUUAAUUAGGUACCUGCAUAUUUAUGGCUCUUACCCAAUCCGAGAAGAUCUCUUUGAUCCGGAUCUAACUUCUCAUGCCCACAAUACCAAGGUUAACCAAGAUCUAAAAACUCCACCAUGUUUCUUUAUUUCAACCUUUAGCCCGUCAACUUACUCGUUCCACACGCCGAGAUUGGUAAUCCUUAUAUGCGAAAUUGCGCCCUCUAGCUUAGAAACCAACAUCAGAGUAUCUUCGAUAUCUAGUGUUGUUUUUCGUUCCGUUUCUACAACAUGGGGAUUGGAAAUAGAGACCAUGAGAAAAGGGCCAUCUAUGUCUGGUUACGUGAUGUACAUAACAUAAAUCCGAACUGAGUCAAUCUAGGUGAGAAUCUUUAUAUAACAUUCAGUUUUCCACAAACACGAGUUCCUUCAGGUCAAUUCGUUGUACAGGCUAUUUCUUAUAAUCAAACUAGAAACAUUAC